CCCAUUUGACAUUUACUACGAAACCCAUCAACAUCAUCCUGUUUUGAAAAGAACUGUUGGUUGUGGAUCUUUGUUAUUUUUUAAACGAAAUACCAAAGCAAAUCAUGCUGUGCUGUGUGCCAAAUUGUAACAAUAAAUCAAGUCAAGCGAGUUGCUUUAAAUUUCCAACAAAUAAAUCGUUGCAAGAGGAAUGGCUGCGAAAUCUCCCAAUAAAACUCAACCGAAGACAGACGGGCGUAUGCAUUCUACAUUUUGAAGACAGAUUCCUGAAACGCUCCAACGACAAUCCACUCAAAGGACGUUUGGUGAGUGGCGCCGUGCCGACAAUAUUUUUGAAAGAUGAGGCUGAAGACAAAACAGAUGAUGUUCAACCGGACAUUAUUUCCCAGCAUGUUGUUAUCGAAGUGGAUUCGAAUGCAAUACCAAAUUUCGAUGCCUUAAAGGCGGACUUAGUGUCAUCGGUGCGAUUGGACGAUUGGAAAGUGGCUUAUUCGGAGACGAAUUUGAUCAUUUACAAGCUUAUGGUAGAAUCGACUGGAAAUCUGCGCGUCGAAACGUCCAUUAGCAUCGACAGUGGUUUGGUGCUGAAAAUAUUUCAUCUUGACAAGGCAUUGGGUUUGAAAUUCUCCCCGCAUACCGUUCACCGAGCUGUGAAGCUGAAACGAUGGUCACAGUUGCAGAAACUGAUCGAUAAAUUUAACAGUCCACAUGAGCUAAAAGUUCAUUCGGAGAGGGUGCGCUACGAAUGAAUGACGGUCAUCAUAAGUCAUAAGCGCCAAAAGAUUGAUUUUU